CAAAGCGACAGCAGCAAGUAUGCGGAGCUACUUGUCUUCGGCUACGCCUGUAAGCUGUUCCGGGACGAUGAGAGGGCUGGCUACCACGAUCAGGGCAAACACCUUAUCCCAUGGAUGGGGGACAAGAAGAUCAUGAUCGAUAGGUCGGUUUUACAAACCUAAUGGGAAUAAUUACUUAACCAACUUAAUGUCUUCCAAAGGGGACCUUGGAUGUUGUUGUUUUGCUGCACAGGAGGAGCUCAUGGCAUUGUGUGAUGUUUACAUUGCAAAAAAUGAAUAAAGGAUACUUGACAGAUGACAGACUUAAGAUUUUGGAUUUUUGUAAGAGGAAAAUGCAAUGAAGAAUGCUUGUUAGAAGUUAGUGAAGGGUGUUUGGAUGCAGAGUGCAGGCCCUAGGACAAAUAGGACAUAAUAAUAAAAGUCCAACGUGACGUGAAUAUCAUUUGUGUCAUGUAGUGUUAUCAAAAUUUAUGUAGUAAUAAUAAAGAUAAUAAUAUGGGUCCAAUGUCCUGGGCAUGUGAGAUCUCUGCUUCUUAGCACUUUGGUGAAUUUGUUGUUGUCACUGCAGGUGCAAACAGCAAAUUCAAUUGAGGGUAAACUGUAAAUUAGUCUGUGCAUUAAGGUGGUUCAUGCAUACAUUAUACUUUCCUCUGUGAAUCCAUUCCUAUUUAUGCAUAGAUCCAGUUCUAACUCUGUUCUCUUGCAGGAUGGGAUUUGGAAAUGUGCAGUCGUUUUUCUCCCUUAUUUUAAUUUUUUGCACUUUUUUCUUCAAAAAAUGAAAGUUGCUUUCAAAACCAUGCGAAAGUCAGAGGUUUUCACUGAGCCACCUUAAUUUGCAUUGAUCUGUUUCUUGUUUCCAAUGUGUAUGUGUGUGUCUCUCUAUCACGUAAUCCAGAACUUAUUUCCUCAGCAAUUAAGGCUAAGGGGUCCUGCCAGGCCCCUAUUGCCACCUCAUCGCCCACUUCUCUCUUUUGCCGAAGAAACUGGAACUGAGAAGUGGAAAACAGGAGCGAGCGCAGGAAAAUUUCCUCCGUAUGGGUUCUUACGGAUAGGUACGAUGGCCGCGGUCAUUUACAUGACCUUUCGGAAUAUGAUGCGGGCUCGUGGAAUCACGAUUACCAGCUGUCAGAGGAAGAGGCCAGGAUAGAGGCUUUAUGCGAUGAGGAGCGGUACCUUGCCAUGCACACCGAUCUUUUGGAAGAAGAAGCACGGCAGGAGGAAGAGUAUAAAAGGCUGAGUGAGGCUUUGGCUGAUGAAGGCACCUACAAUGCAGUGGCUUUCCGGUACAGCGCGGACUACUACGACCCCUCCCAACCCACUGAGGAAGAAGAAGCCAACAAAGAAACAGAUCAAGAGACACAGGAGGAGGAGAGUGAAGAGCCAUUUGUGGCGCCCCCUGGCCUUAGCAUUCCUCCAGAUGUAGAGCUGCCCGCGACCACCAAAACGCACGCCAUCAUCGAGCGCACUGCCAACUUUGUGUGCAAGCAGGGGGCUCAGUUUGAAAUUGUGCUGAAGGCAAAGCAGUCCGGGAAUUCCCAGUUUGACUUCCUGCGGUUCGACCAUUACCUGAACCCAUACUACAAGCACAUUCUGCGAGCUAUGAAGGAGGGAAGGUACACACCAGCUUCAGAGAACAAGCAGGACAAGUCACAAGACUCAAAUUCUGACAACUCGGAUGACGAUGAUGGCGAUGGAAACUACCUCCACCCGAGUCUAUGUGCUUCUAAGAAAAGCUCUCGCCUGGAAGAGAUAAUAAAGCCUCUGCAGGUCAUUGACCCGGAUCACCCGUUGGCAGCGCUGGUUCGAAAAGCCAAACAGGAGAGAAAUGGUGCUGUAGCCAAAGUGGAAGAAGAGCAGCAACCUACAGCAGCAGCCGCACAGGCAGAAUACAGCUCUGACCCUAACAUGGCGGCAAUGUACUACGGCUACUGUAUGCUCCCCGACGGUACGUACUGCCUGGCCCCGCCUCCUCCUGGGAUCGAUGCCAGUGCCUAUUAUACCUCAAUGCCCACUAGCAUGAUGCCAGCACCUUCUGCAUCAGCGGCUCCUCCUCCACCUCCCGGCACCACACCCACAUUGGAUCCUGUGGCCGCAAUCCCAUCAGUCCCUGCUGCAGUUCCUGUCACAGUGACGGCUCCUACCUCUGCCACCUAUUCGGCUCCCACAGGCCCUUCUGCUUCCAGCUCUCGGCCUCAACAAACCACCAUUGCCCCACCGGCGACUGUCGCUGCUCCUGUCGCUGCCAUCAUCCCCCCGCCUCCCGAUAUACAGCCUGUCAUUGACAAACUAGCUGAGUACGUGGCCAGAAACGGGGUGAAAUUCGAGACCAGCGUGCGUGCCAAAAACGAUCCCCGAUUUGACUUCCUGCAGUCCUGGCACCAGUACAACUCCUAUUAUGAGUUCAAAAAGCACUAUUUCAUGCAGAAAGAAGGUCUGAAUGUGCAGGAGGGUGCCCUGGUUUACAACAGUGGGGAGGACGGCACAUCCAACUUCUCUUCCGACAAGCAGUCCAACGAGGGCAAGCUCAUUAAAGCAUCCUUUGCGCCCAUCUGCUUCGCAAUAAAGUCUAAAGAAAACGACAUGCUGCCCCUGGAAAAGAAUCGCGUGCGGUUGGACGACGACUCUGAUGAGGAUGGGAUGAAGGGAGAGGGGCAAGAGGGGAUAGAGUUGGCGACCGGAAUGUCGGAGGAUGCCAGAGACCUUCCUCACCCUCCAUUGCUUGAGGAGAAGAAACCAACACUCUCUCAGGAAGAGCUGGAGGCCAAACAAGCCAAACAGAAGCUGGAGGAUCGGUUGGCCGCAGCAGCUCGAGAGAAGCUGGCCCAGGCGUCUAAAGAGUCUAAGGAGAGGCAGCUUCAGGCUGAACGCAAGAGGAAAGCCGCUCUCUUUCUGCAAACUCUGCGUGGUCCUGAGGCUGAGGUAAAGCGACCUGAGGAGACUCCAACUGAGGUUUGUCCACUGGUGUCGGCUCUUCCCGUAAGCGCUCUCUCUCAACACACGUCUCGCAUACCGGGCCUUGACUACCAGGUUGUGGAAACCGCACAGGCGAGGAGCACAGAUGGCCAGGCUUCUUACCUGACCACCACUUCAACCUCCUCACGCAGGCCAGAUGGGGACAGAGAUCAAGAACGGGACAAGAAAAAGAAGAAACACAAGAGAAGAUCACGGUCCAGGUCUCGUUCAGGGUCCAGAUCAAAAUCUACAUCCAAGCACUCUUUACCCAGUGCCUACCGGUCCUACAGGAGAUCCAGGUCUCAGUCUCGUUCCCCCGGCCGAAGGGAUCGUCGCGCUCGCUCACCGGAAAGAAAACGUGAUGAGAGGGAGAAGGAGAGUUAUGGCACAAGUGCCUAUCGCCUUGGCAGUAACCCAGGCCUGAGCCGGAGGCGCUCCCGUUCAAGAUCGCCCCAUGAGAAGAGGAAGAAGAGUUCAAAGUCUUCGCACCGUUUGAAGGGUUCUUCAUGUUCACCCUCAGCAUCUCCUGACAGAGGUGGAGCAAUGACCAGAGUCUCUGCAAGCCCCUCCCCCACCGCAAGCCCCACCCCCAGCUUAGGGCAGUCCAGGGAUGGAUCUCAGGAGAAAGACAAGCCAGUACCACCAACUAUUGUCUCUGCAGUUCAAUCCAAAAUCACUCAGGACCUCAUGGCUAAAGUUCGGGCUAUGCUUGCUGCCUCCAAAGGCCUUCAGCCGAACUCCUCCUGAGAGAGCUCCCAGCAUCCAAACAGGACUCUCAUCCAGACGCCUGGGAUGUUUUUAGCCUUUACCGUUUGCCUGUUUGGACCUUGUCUCUGUAAGAUGUUUUUAUUUUGCCUCCAGAUCAGCAUUAGGCACAGAGGCUAACUUUAUGUUUAAGGUGGAGAUCGACCACAUGGUGGAAACCAAGCAGGUGUGGAAAGAAACAGACCAAACAGCAGAUGGCUGGAGCUACGACCUGCUGUGUGUUUUAGCUGCAAAGCGACAAGAGGAAAGAGAUAGUGAAGCCGUUGAGGUUUAAUUCCUAAAAACAAAUUUGCAUAUCCCCUAAACUCUUUCCUUUGUUAUACGGCUUUAUGCCGGAGGAGCUUCUUUACAUCCUUCUGUGAAGGCUAAUGAUGUUUAUUCUCUCUCUCCUCCAAUCUCCCCUUCAUUUGAAGCUCACAUCUUUGGUUUUGAAGUCUCGGCCUUUGGUUUUUCAUUUCCAAGUUUGUACAGGCCUAAUUUUGCAGCUUCUUUGUAACACGUUUGACUGUCAAUAAAGUUUGAAAUAUCGAA